AAACAUUCCUCUUCAAAUGCAGAAACAUUUCUGUUCAUCAACAAUGUAAAUUCGAAAGAAAAUAAAUAAAUAAUGACAAAAAAUAUAUUUAUAUAAAUAAAGCCAAAGAUGAAGUUUGGCCAACGAUCAGCUAAAGCAACUGGGUGUCAAUAACAGCAACAGCGAGCGAGAGAGAGAGAGUGAGUGAGAGUGAUAGAGUGAGUGAGAGAGAGAGGGAUAUAUAAAGAGGCGGAGUCAUGUCCGGCGCCAGAAAAUGCAACGAGACGGAGCAAAAAAGGCGCCAACGUCCAGAUACACUGGAGCUAUCCGUGUUGCACACCUGUCAAAUCAACAUUGAUGAUGAGGGGCAGCUGCAACAGACUGACGCCGAGCAGACGGCAACAGGAGCAACAGGAGCAACAGGAACAGGAGCAACAGGAACAGGAGCAACAGGAGCAGGAGCAGUUGAGCGUCGCACACGUUGGUUUCAUUUUGCGCGUAAAUCGCGUCGCCGACGAAUGCUGAUCUGCGAGGAGCAACUGGAGCAGGAGCAGCAACUGCAGCAAUUGCAACAACAGCAACAGCAGGUGCGCCUCGCCCAGCCGGAGACAAUGAACAUUGGCAAUUCGACGCUGACAAUCGCCACGCCACUUGCUGCACAAAACACAAGAGUUGCAGCAGCAGCAGCAACAACAACAACAACAUCGAGCAUUGUGGCCAAUGAUGAUUGCUUUUAUAGUGUGAUGGGAGCACCAGCAGCACCAGCAGUAUCACCAGCAGUAGCACCAGCAGCAGCAGCAACAGACUCAGCAGCAAUCAGUCCCAGCGAAGUGGAGCUGCAGUUCAAGCAACAAGAGCAAGUGCCUGCUGCUGGCAGGCCGCGUCUCUCGAUGCUGCAGCGACUGGUCAGCUGGCGACGCAGUGCACCCGAAACGCUGCUCAGCGGUCGCCACAAUAGCAGCAGCAGACCCAGCUGCGAACUGGAACAGCCGCUCUCCACAUCAGCAUCGGCACGCAAUCUGCGUCGUUUGUCGCAAAUGCGACGCAGACGCAGCUCGUACUAUUUCUCGGAUAAUGAACGCAGAAUCCGCGCCAACGAUAAAGACUUUAAUUCUCAAUUCAAAUAUCACAACAACUACAUAAAGACAUCGAAGUAUUCGCUAUUAACAUUUCUGCCGUUCAAUCUGCUGGAGCAGUUUCAACGCCUGGCGAACUUCUACUUCCUCUGCCUGCUGGUGCUCCAGCUAAUACCGGCGAUAUCCUCGCUGACGCCAGUGACGACAGCGAUACCAUUGAUUGGUGUGCUAACGCUAACAGCCGUUAAGGAUGCCUACGAUGAUAUUCAACGGCAUCUGUCUGACUCGCAGGUGAACAACCGGAAGUCGAAGACACUACGCAAUGGCAAACUAAUCGAGGCAAAGUGGUCCGAGGUGCAGGUGGGCGAUGUGAUACGGUUGGACAACAAUCAGUUUGUGGCCGCCGAUAUAUUGCUGCUGACGACAUCGGAGCCGAAUGGGCUGUGCUUCAUUGAGACGGCCGAGCUGGAUGGCGAGACGAACUUGAAGGCGAAACAAUGCCUGACGGAGACAACGGAGCUGGGCGAGCAGCAUGAUCUACUCUGGGAUUUCAAGGGCGAGAUUAUCUGUGAGCGUCCCAACAAUCUGUUGAACAAAUUCGAUGGCACGCUCAUCUGGAAGAAUCAGCGUUUCGCUCUCGACAACGAUAAGAUCCUGCUGCGCGGCUGUGUCCUGCGCAACACACAAUGGUGCUACGGCCUGGUUGUGUUUGCCGGUGUCGACACCAAACUCAUGCAGAACUCGGGCAAGACACAGUUCAAGAGCACCGGCGUCGAUCGCCUGCUCAACUUUAUCAUCAUUGGGAUUGUGCUGUUUUUGGUGUCGAUUUGUGCAUUCUUUGCGGUCGGCAGCGCCAUCUGGGAGGGUCUGAUUGGCCAGCAUUUUCAACUGUAUCUGCCCUGGGAGCACAUAAUUCCACAAGAGAUGGUCGCAUCCGGUGCGACGGUGAUUGGCCUGCUCGUAUUCUUCUCGUACGCCAUAGUCUUAAACACUGUUGUGCCAAUAUCCCUCUAUGUUUCCGUAGAGGUUAUACGAUUUGUUCAAUCGUUCCUCAUCAACUGGGAUGAGGAGAUGUACUAUGCACGCACCCAAACAUAUGCCAAAGCACGCACCACAACGCUCAACGAGGAGCUCGGCCAGAUCCAGUACAUCUUCUCGGACAAGACGGGCACCCUCACCCAAAACAUAAUGACAUUCAACAAGUGCAGCAUCAAUGGACGCACUUACGGCGAUGUCAUUGAUAUGCGCACCGGCGAGCCCAUCCAAAUAUCUGAGCAGCAAUCAAUUUUCAAAACUAGCAACAUCAGCAGCAGCAACAGCAGCAGCAGCAACAACAGAUGCAACAAAACGAUAGCAGCAACGCCCAGAUCAGCGCCGACAAUACUGGUGCAUGCCGCUGAGGUGCAUGCGACAAAGAAGAAGAUGAAGAGUACAGUGCUGGUGACAAGCACCGGUGGCACCCAAUUGGCCAACCGGCCGGAGCAGCUGCAGGGCUGCAUUGCCGGCGAACUGAUGUCGCCGGCGGUGAGCAGCGUAGCGAAUCCGUUGGCACAGAAACAGGUGCACUAUUUGCUGCCUCACAGCAGCGAUUAUGAAUUGCACGAUCCGGGCUGUGGCAGUGGCAUUGGCAGUGGCAGUGGCAGUGGCAGUGGCAGUGACCGGGAUACGGACAGUGGCAGUGUCGGUGUCGGUGACAGUAACAGAUUGGGCGCUUGCUUAACGCGCAGCGGCCAGCGGAUGCGGCGUCAAUUGUCCGGUCUGUCCACAAGCAACAGCAGCAACAAAGUACUCGAACCGAUCGACUUCUCGGCCAAUCCGCACUAUGAAACUGACUUUCGCUGGUACGAUCGCACACUGCUGGAUGCAGUGCGUUCGGAUGAGCGGCAUGCCCAGAACUUCUUUCGCCUACUGGCCCUCUGCCAUACGGUUAUGGCGGAGACUGUCGACGGCCGGCUGGAGUACCAGGCGCAGAGUCCCGACGAGGCUGCCCUCGUCUCAGCCGCCCGCAACUUUGGCUUUGUGUUCCGCUCACGCACACCAAAUAGUAUUACCAUCGAAGUGAUGGGCAGCCUGGAGGAGUACGAGCUGCUGCACAUACUCGAUUUCAACAAUGUGCGCAAACGCAUGUCCGUCAUCCUGCGGCGCUCCGAAUCCGUGGUGCUCUACUGCAAGGGUGCGGAUAACGUGAUAUACGAUCGCCUGCACGGCGGUCAGGAAGAUAUGAAGGCGCGCACCCAGGACCACCUGAAUAAAUUUGCCGGCGAGGGUCUACGGACUCUGGUGCUGGCGGAACGUCAGCUGAGCAAGGACUACUACAACGACUGGCGAUUGCGACAUCAGGAAGCUUCUCUGUCGAUGGAUUCGCGCGAACAGAAGCUGAAUGCCAUCUACGAGGAGAUUGAGAGCGACAUGGAUCUGCUGGGUGUGACAGCCAUCGAAGAUAAACUGCAGGAUGGUGUGCCCAAAUCGAUAUCCAAUCUGCAGAAUGCUGGCAUCAAGAUCUGGGUGCUAACUGGCGACAAACAGGAAACUGCCAUCAACAUUGGCUACUCCUGCCAGCUGCUAACGGACGAACUGGUGGAUGUCUUCAUUGUGGAUGGUAGCUCGGUGGAGGAGGUGGAGAAGCAACUGCGUCAAUUCAAGGAGUCCAUCAAGAUAUUCGAUCGCUUUCGGCCGGGCGGCAUCGAUAAUUAUAAUGGUGAGAGUGGCAUGGAUCCCUUGAGCGUGACGAUGACGCAGACAUCCGCCUUUAUGCAGGAUUCGAACGGUUCAAUUAUAUCACAGCCACCGCCAGCCAUAUCGGUGGUUACCUUUAGGUGGGAUGCGAAAAUUAAGGAUAAUAAGGGCGGACCGGACAGCGCCGAAUGUCAAAAUAUCUUUGGCGAUGGCAGGAAGAGCGUGGACGGAAGACAAACUCCAGCUGCAUCUGAAGUGGACGAGUCGACGGGCUUCGCCUUGGUCGUCAAUGGCCACUCACUGGUCCACUGUUUGUCACCGGAGCUGGAGACGAAAUUCUUGGACAUUGCCUCAAAUUGCAAGGCGGUGAUCUGCUGUCGUGUGACACCGCUACAAAAGGCGCUGGUCGUCGAACUAAUCAAGCGUGCCAAAAAUGCCGUCACUCUGGCCAUUGGCGAUGGCGCCAACGAUGUCUCCAUGAUCAAGGCCGCUCACAUCGGUGUUGGCAUAUCGGGACAGGAGGGUCUGCAGGCGGUGCUAUCCAGCGACUAUGCGAUCGCCCAAUUUUGCUAUCUGGAGCGUCUAUUGCUGGUGCAUGGUCGCUGGUCCUACUAUCGCAUGUGCAAGUUUCUGCGCUAUUUCUUCUACAAGAACUUUGCAUUUACGCUCUGCCACUGCUGGUAUUCCCUCUUCUGUGGCUUUAGUGCACAGACAGUGUUCGAUCCCAUGUUCAUAUCGGUGUACAAUCUGUUCUACACAUCGCUGCCGGUGCUGGCACUGGGCGUCUUUGAGCAGGAUGUUUCGGAUAAGGAUAGCGUCGAAUAUCCGAUCCUCUAUACGCCGGGCCUGAAGAGUGAGCUCUUCAACAUACGCGAGUUUAUCUACAGCGUGCUUCAUGGGGCCUUCACAUCGCUCAUACUGUUCCUUAUACCGUAUGGCGUCUAUAAGGAUGGCGUCUCGCACAACGGUUACAUAGUGAGUGAUCAUAUGACCUUGGGCGCUGUCGUCGCCACCAUACUGAUCGUGGACAAUACGGCCCAGAUUGCGCUGUACACCUCGUAUUGGACUAUUGUCAAUCAUAUUACCAUUUGGGGCAGCCUCAUUUGGUACUUUGUGCUGGACUAUUUCUACAAUUAUGUCAUUGGCGGCCCCUAUGUGGGCUCUCUGACGCAGGCCAUCAAGGAUGUAACAUUUUGGGUGACUAUGAUAAUCACUGUCGUCAUGCUGAUGGCUCCCGUGCUCGCCUACAAGUUCUAUCUGGUGGACGUGCAUCCCAGCUUGUCGGACAAGAUACGCCAGAAGUCGCUGAAGAAGAUGCAAUCGCGCGUCUCCAGCGAUGUGCGUCGCACGCCAUCCUCGCGACGUGGACGACGCUCGGUGCGCUCGGGCUACGCCUUUGCCCAUCAGGAGGGCUUUGGCAGGCUAAUCACAUCGGGCAAAAUAAUGCACAAGCAGCCGAAGGACUUUGCCUUUCCACUGGGCCUGGGCACCAAGAAGACGCAGGCGCUGCACAACAAUCUGGUUGCUGGUGGCUCCGUUGGUGGCGUGAUCGGCAAGCAGAUGCAGACGUCCAACGGUCACACUCACAUCAUCCCACACAGCGGCAACAACAAUAAUUAUAACAACAACAACAACGACAACACCAACACAAAUCAGCGACACAAUCACAUCAAUCAAAUACAUUCAUCAAUGGCGGACAUUAGGAGCGAUGGCUAUGCUAGCGUCGAUAUGCAAAAGAGCAACGGCGGCAGCGAUGAUCUAAGUCCACGGGCUCCCUGCCAGGAUCUGGACACAAUUAAUCUUUAGGCAACAGCAACAACGUCUAGCAGCAGCAGCAGCAGCAGCAGCAACAACAAAUCAAACACCAAAAACAUAAAAAUCGAUUUUAAGGGUAGACAUACUUAAAAAAACAAAAACAAAAAAUAGCCACAAACAAAUGUAUUAGCCUUAGCAACCAUACUUAGAGUGCAAGUGCAUGGGUCCCUGAGUGUGGGUGUGUGUGUGUAUGUGUGUGUCUGUGUGUGUGUGUGUGUGUGACACCUUUUUAUUGUUUAUUCAUAUAUAUAUAUCGAUCGCUAAGGAGUCUAUUUAUUUACCUCAACUCUAAAGAACAGGUCAACGUAACCAAAAACACCCCUUAAUUAUUUAUUACACUUAGUGGCAUUUUGAUUUAUGUGAUUUAGUUUAUACGUUUUUUCUUUUCGUUUUAUUUUUAAGUAUCCGCGUUGCAUUAGUAUUGUAGGAUAUAUAUUAUUGUGGAGGGUACUAAUUGAGCUGUGACUUAAGCAAAUAGUAACCAUUCCUCUAUAUCUAAACACAUCACUGGACACCCAAUGCACCCAAUCGAAUCGAAUUCGCAUUGUUUGUGAAAGGUAUUCACCGAUUCGAUUCGUUCCCUUUAUCUCUAUCUCUCUCCACCGCUCUCUGUCUCGCUCCCAUACACUUGUUUUCUCUGUCUCUUUCGAAUGUGUGAAUGUUUGAUGCAUGAUGUAGUUUAAGAUUAAUAACUAAACAGAACCAUUGAGAAACUGAAAGUGUACUUACAUAAUUGUUAAAUGUUGUGCUGUGUCUUAUAUAAGAAGCGUAAUAAGAGAAACUAAUCGUAAACCGAACCAGGCCAAUUCAACUAACCAAUUAGGGUACUUCUAGCGGUACUUGCGAAGCAAACUGUAAUCACUAGUUAUAUAUAUAUAUAAUUGAAAGUCGGACAACGGUUUAGAAAAAAAUAUAAUUUUAUUGAAAACACAAUUUCUUACUUUUGAGUACAAAAUGUGACAGACUUAUUUUCUGAAUGCGCUGCUUCAUGUGGAUAUUCUUCUCGUCGUCCAGCGUGGGAACUGCUGAGUCGACAAAUGCAGCGUGAUCGUAACUUCUUCACUCAGUUGCACGUUUUUCGGUUGGCAACUGGACUAUUAUUAUUCGCAGCGUCAGCUAUUUUGCUUGCAGCUGGCUACGGGUGAUGGGGCAUAUGUGAGUGUUUGUUUGUUUAUGUCUGGCUUGUGUGUGCGUGUGUGUGGACAUGAGAGAUCCAUGUGAUCUGAAUAUGUCAUAUGCCCCAUCCUUUAGAAAUUGGCUUGUCCUCAAGCGUUCAGUGUAGGAUAUAUUCUUAAGUCGUUGGCUGUUUUGUGAAACCGCUCUACGUCUGAUAUGCCGUUCUUACUUGUUGUGAUUUUAAUUUUUACGUUUUCUGAAUCUAACCAAAUUUUUAAUGCUGCACUCAUGAAUGAUGAAUCUUUGUCUGCUUUUAUUUCUAAUGGUUUUCCCAUUUCGUUGAAUAUUAUUAAUAAUGCUUUUUUUGCUUCUAACCAAUCUUUACCAUUUAUUUCUAUUAACGUAGCGUAUUUUGAGUAUACGUCUAUGCAUGAUAAAAAUUGCUUAUUAUUGAUCAUAUAAAAAUCUAUAACGUAUUUUUCUCUAGGGUUGAAAACCUCAGGUGUUAUUUCAUAACUAAAUUUUGUGUCCCUGUGUUCCACUUUUGAUAUAUUACAGAUUUCGCAUUCGUUAAUUAUGUUUUGUAUUAGUUUUUGGUAAUCUGGGAAAUAAUAUUUUUCUUUAAACAUUACUGUAGUUUUUUCUAUUCCUGGAUGUAAAAAUUUUAUAUGGUCGUUUAAUAUGGUUUGUUUCAAUUCUGAAUAAGUUUGAAUAUCUUCUAAUUUUUUUGUGGUUCUCAUAGUUUUUAUCGGACAAUCUCUUUGUAUUAUUUCUAAAUAAGCUUUUUGGAAUAUUGCGUAGUCACCUUCGUGUGGGAAGUAUAUAACGCUGUUUUUUGCACAAAGAUAUUCUUUUAUGAUCUCUUUUGCUUUUUCAGUGGUCAUUUCUAUGUAAUUUAUUAUAAUCUUUAUUUUGUGAAUAUAGCUUAUUUUCUUUAUUUCUUCGGUAUUUCCUUUUAUAAAUUCUAUUUGAUGGUUAUAAUUAUUUAAUGGUCUUUCUGUGGUUUGAAUACAAUUUUGAUUAUCUUCGUUUGCGCUAUGUAUUGUCGCUGCUAUGCUAUCUUGAGCAUUCCCCAUGAAAUUUUCUUCUACGUUAUUUUCUUCUGUUUUAAUUCUUGGAAGUGCAUCAGCUACGUAGUUUUCUUUGCAUCUCCCUCUAACUGCAUUUGGAUCGCGCUGUACAUAAUCAGUUUUUGUCUUGCGUCCACGCUUGGGAAGAGUUCCAUAAUAAAAUCGAUCCUUCCAAUAAAGGCUCCUAGCUCGUCCGUUUCUCCAUUGAAGAUUGGCACUUGGCGGAUUUGCCCGAGUGCUUGGUUUAAUUGUGCCUCCAACAUCAUUUUUUUUGUUUUGAAAGUUUGUUUGAGAAAAAAAAAUUCUUUGUCGUCUGUCUCGCGUUUUUGUUUACUUUUUAGAAAAAAGUUUUUUAAGGAUCACGGGGUCCUUAUGCGGAUAACAGUUUUUAUCGCGGAACACUAGUACGUUUUCCUGUUUUACGAAAGGACCACGACGUUUCACGAAAAAAUUAAUGACAUCCUACCGGCUGCGCCAAUUGAAAGUCGGACAACGGUUUAGAAAAAAAAUAUAAUUUUAUUGAAAACACGACUUCUUACUUUUGAGUACAAAAUGUGACUGACUUAAUUACUGAAUGCGCUGCUUCAUGUGGAUAUUCUUCUCGUCGUCCAGCGUGGGAACUGCUGAGUCGACAAAUGCAGCGUGAUCGUAACUUCUUCACUCAGUUGCGCGUUUUUCGGUUGGCAACUGAACUAUUAUUAUUCGCAGCGUCAGCUAUUUUGCUUGCAGCUGGCUACGGGUGCAUAUGUGAGUGUUUGUUUGUUUAUGUCUGGCUUGUGUGUGCGUGUGUGUGGACGUGAGAGAUCCAUGUGAUCUGAAUAUGUCACUAUAUAUAUAUAAUACACAUACUUACUCUUAGUUGAUACACACACCCACCCGCACACAUCCACCCACACACACCCACCCACACACACACAGACACUCAGUCACACACACACAGUCGUAAGCAACGCCCACAGUUAUGUGUUCCUAACUACAUCUAGACAUGUAGUAGAUGCUAUGUACUAAAAAUGUAGCAGUGCGGUCCCCCUAGCUAUAAGCAUUAUUAUAAAAAAAAAAAAAAAAAGUAGAAGACAUACAGUAAUUUGUAUAUCGUAAGGUGAAUGGAUAUGCGAUAUGGGUACAGUAUUCGGAUUAUGUACGUACGGCAUAGAAUUAUUACUAAAUACCAAGCGGGCUGUGGGUUAGCAAACGGGGCAAACAAAAAACAAAGGAUGCGAUUGGAAAGCAACGCAACCAAGUAUAAAAGUAUAAAUUAUCGUAGGUGUUUUUAUGCAGUGUAUGACGAAUCAACGAAUCAACUUUAAGCUAAAUUUACUAAUAGGUCAAAACGACGCCCCCUUUUGUAGGCGCUGAUAAAUUUGGGGCAUAUUUUUGCAUGUUAUUGAAAUUAGUUGGUAUCAAAUCAAAUGUGAGAAUGAAAAUCGAGGAAAUGUUUUUUUUUUUUGUAAUUCUACAAACUUAGACAAUUACGGGAUUAUGCUAAGCGAAUUUUAAAUGAUCAAUAAAUGCGAAAUAUUUUGAAAA